GGGACUCAAACCAAUGCCCAUAUGGGAUGCGGGCGCUGUAGGCCAGGGGCUCUACCCCACUGCACAACGGUGCCGGCCCCUGCUAUUAGUUCUGUGGCCAAGGAUUGUUGUUUCAAAACAGCAUAUGUGUCCUCCAUAUUUCACCUUUCAAAAUUUCCCCUUGCCUCACCGUCCCAGGGGGACACACAUGGCUGACUGCAGCCACCUGUUCCCUCUGCAACCUGCGCCCCGGGUACUGCGGUCCUUUUGGGAGACGCCCUCUCCGUUACUUACUUAGGUUGACCCAGGCCUCGCGGUCAGCUGAGUAGCUUUCUGCUGGCGGUGGGGGCUGGGCAGGGGCUCGCCAGCCCAGGAGCCCCAGCUGGGCCAUCACCUGCAGUGGGCUCUGGGGUUCUCACGCCCUUCUGCUGGGUUCAGACCAUGGACCUGCACCCCUCACCCUCUGUUCCACGGGCUGCAUUGACCAGUCUGCCCCACAUCCAACACCGCAGCAGAGGUGGGGCAGGCACCCAGGUGGCCACAUCGGCCACCCCGCCCUUGCAGCUUUGCUUAGCUUCACUCCCUGCCCUUCCUUCACCCAGGAAGGGCAGGACUGGGACCCCAACCACCAGCUCAGGGCCCACCGUCCCCGAUCCCAGGCUGGGGGUCCCAAGCAGCAGGUGUGCAGAGCCAGUGAGUGCCGUGCCAGUCCCAUCUGAGGCCAGCAGACCCACAGUCCAGCCUCGGGUCAGGCAUGGGGACCGUGUGGCCCCUCGUGGGUGAGCCAUUUCUGGCGAACACUGCACAGGACCUGGGGGCCGUCACUGCCUCCCAAGCAGGCUGGCCAGGCCCCCAGGGAGGAAAUGGCUUCCCUCCAGGAUGAGGCUAGGAUCAGCUGUCUCAGAAAGUUCGGGAUCACCAGGCUUGGGCCACUGGGCUCCACAGCCUAAGGCUGCAGCUAGACAGGGAGAUGGUCUCAGCGACGGUUAAGUCCUUGUACUUCCUGUGACCCAAAGCAGCUGGCGUUCAGAGCGGCAGGGUGGAGCCCACCCACACCAGCCCCUACCCGGCCUCCCCCGUGAGCUGGGAUGGAGGCCUUGGCACACCUGUGGUCUGUUGCCCAGCCUGGAACCCACAGGACAGGCCAAGCCCCCAGGAAGCAGGCAUGUCUGGUUUCACCCCUGCCAAUGGGGCCUGGAGCCAGGAUCUGGGCUCAGAGCCUGGACUUCCUUGGCCUCUAUAAGAAGCAGAAAGCAGCUCACAGCCUGCUGCAUGCUUGGCUCUGGGAAGGUGCCGGGAGGUGGCCUCACCACGUGCAGACCCCAGUACCCACGGCUCGGGCUGAGCAGGGGGCCCUGGGGGCCGGAGAUGAGAGUUCACCUGGACCGGGGACCACUGGCCCAUAGACAGGGCCAAGCAGGCCAAGGGCAGUGGCAUGCAUGGUGCCCGGAGGGAGCCCUGGUCCCCGCCAGAGUCCUGGGACUGUCCCUCCAAUGCCCCCCACGGAGCCUCCCCCUCUCUUUCUUGCACAAUCCCCACAGGGGAUCCGGGAGCAGAAAUCUUGCCAAGAAUUUCAGCCUGGGUUGCUGGCAAUUGCCUCACCUUCCUGGAUUUGGUAAAGGAUGGCUCACCCCACCUUAGGGGGGCCGGUGCCCAGGUGGGCCCAUAAAUAGGGCACAGGCUGGCCUCGCCCUCACUGCCUCCUCCUCGUCCACACACCGGGCCCUGCAGCUGUCCUGGCACCAUGCCUCUUGGUCUCCUGUGGCUGGGCCUCACCCUGCUGGGGGCCCUGCACAUCCAGGCCCAGGACCCCACCCCAAAACUGAUCCCUGCCCCAUCUCUGCGCAGGGUUCCCCUGCAGCGGAACUUCCAGGAUGAACAGUUCCAGGGCAAGUGGUACGUCGUGGGCCUGGCGGGCAAUGCCGUCCAGAAGAGGGAAGAAGGCCAGGAGCCGAUGUACAGCACCACCUACGAGCUGAACGAAGAUCGCAGCUUCAACGUCACCUCCACCUUGCUCAGGGACCAGCGCUGUGACCACUGGAUCAGGACUUUCGUCCCCACGUCCCGGCCCGGCCAGUAUAACCUGGGCAACAUCAAGAGUUACCCUGGGGUGAAGAACUACAUUGUGCGCGUGGUGGCCACCGACUACAGCCAGUAUGCCAUGAUGUUCUUCAGGAAGGGUUCCAGAAACAAGCAAUUCUUCAAGACCACCCUCUACGGGAGAACCAAGGAGCUGAGCCCCGAGCUGAGGGAGAGGUUCACCCGCUUCGCCAAAUCUCUGGGCCUCCCCGACGACCGCAUCGUCUUCCCCACCCCCAUCGACCAGUGCAUUGAUGACUGAGCCAGCAGUGCCUUGGCGUCUGCACGGGGUGCCACCUCCCAUCCCACCAGCCCAGCACAAAGAGACACAGAGGCCGGAGACCCUUCCCCCGCCCUGCUGCCGGAGCUCAUCCGUCUCCUAAAUAAACACAUGCUCCUAGCCCCUGCA